ACAGUUCCUAUUAGAGCUGUGCUAGCACGUGUACGAAGUUUGCAUAUCACAGAUCAAAGACAGAAUCGCCACGAUGGUUGCCCAGACUUCCGACAAAAUGCGGGCUUUGGCCCUGAAACUCUUCGAGAUCAAUGCCUUCAAGUUCGGCGACUUCAAGAUGAAAGUCGGCAUCAAUUCGCCGGUUUACUUCGAUCUGCGAGUGAUCGUCAGUUAUCCGGAUGUGAUGCAAACCGUUUCCGAUCUUCUAGUGGAGCACAUCAAGGACAAGCAGCUAACCGCCAAGCAUGUGUGCGGAGUUCCUUACACGGCGCUCCCUUUGGCCACCAUAGUAUCCGUACAGCAGGGAACACCUAUGUUGGUCCGGCGAAAGGAAGCCAAGUCUUACGGCACAAAAAAACUGGUCGAGGGCAUCUUCAAUGCCGGCGACACCUGUCUGAUUGUCGAGGAUGUGGUUACCUCUGGCUCCAGCAUCCUGGAUACAGUGAGGGAUCUGCAAAGUGAGGGUAUUGUGGUCACUGAUGCCGUGGUCGUGGUGAACCGUGAACAGGGCGGUGUGGAUAACAUUGCCAAGCAUGGAGUGCGGAUGCACUCGCUCUUCACACUCUCCUUCCUUCUGAACACCCUACACGAGGCUGGACGGAUUGAGAAGUCUACAGUGGAGGCGGUGGCCAAGUACAUAGCCGCCGUACAAAUCAACAGCGAUGGAACCUUUGUCGGCGGCGAUAAGGCCGACGUUGUCGGAGCCAACGACUUGCAGCGCACCAAACUGACCUACGAGAGUCGUGCCAACUUGGCCAAAAGCGCAGUGGCCAAACGGCUCUUCAACCUGAUAGCCAGUAAGCAGACGAACCUCUGUCUGGCAGCCGAUCUGACCAGUGCUGAUAAAAUUCUGGAGGUGGCCGACAAAUGUGGUCCGUACAUCUGCCUGCUAAAGACCCACGUUGACAUUGUCGAGGACUUUAGCCAGAAAUUUAUCACCGAUCUGCAGGCUCUGGCUCAGCGGCACAACUUCCUGCUGAUGGAGGAUCGCAAGUUUGCCGACAUUGGCAACACGGUGUCCCUGCAGUACGGCAAGGGCAUCUACAAGAUUUCCAGUUGGGCUGACCUGGUGACGGCUCAUACACUACCUGGACGCAGUAUUCUGCAGGGCCUGAAGGCGGGCCUGGGCGAGGAAGGAGCCAACAAGGAGCGUGGCGUCUUUCUGCUGGCAGAGAUGUCCGCCAGUGGCAAUCUGAUCGAUGCCAAGUACAAGGAGAAUAGCAACAAAAUCGCCACCGAAGGAGCCGACGUUGAUUUCGUGGCUGGUGUGGUGUGCCAAUCCUCUGAUGCCUUCGCCUUUCCCGGACUUUUGCAGUUGACACCUGGAGUGAAAAUCGACGAGAGCGUUGACCAACUAGGCCAACAGUACCAGAGUCCAGAGCACGUGGUCAAAGAGCGUGGAGCCGACAUCGGCGUAGUUGGCAGGGGCAUCCUGAAGGCCGCCAGUCCCGAGCAGGCAGCCCAGACCUACCGUGACCGCCUGUGGGCUGCCUACCAGGAUCGAGUAGCCAAGUAGAAGACACAGAUAGCAUUCCCCCUUAACAAAAUUUCCCACACACCCAUUCCCCCGGUUUCGGUUACCCUAGUUAAGUGAAAAACUUGCAAAUUAUUUUCCAUGAUUUUACAAUGCAUUUAUGAAUUGAAUAUAGGCUAUGAAUCUUCCACAGAAAAUGUGGCAAACGAGGUUUGCCUUAAGAUAAGAGUUACAACAAAUAGAAUGGUUAACAAUCGAAGUGAAAUGCUUCCGCGAUUUGGGAAUCCUUAGUAGGAGGCCAGGCACUGCAAGACGUAGCUGUAGUCUCCAGAGAGAUCGUCCUGCAAACGAGAUGAAGAUAGUAGGAGGAUGGUGAAUGUGACCAAGUUUUGCCGUUGAAUGUAAGCCAACUUUAUUAGUUAUUACAAGCACAAACUAUACAUACGAGUUCGAUGCAAAAAAUUUACAAUAAAAAAGGACAUGUAUACAAAAUAAAA